GUUUAAACAAAAGCAUAUACACAUAAGUUUCAUUUUUUUUUUUUCGUUAAGUGUAAAUUUUAUUUAUUUUUUAAGUGCGCGUUUAAUAAGAAAAUGUCAUCGCGAAGAUGGUUCCACCCAACGAUAUCGGGCAUCGAAGCUGAAAAAUUAUUACAGGAACAGGGCUACGACGGUUCAUAUUUGGCGCGCCUAUCAUCUUCAAAUCCGGGCGCAUUCACGCUUUCCGUGCGUCGUGGCAACGAGGUAACACACAUCAAAAUCCAAAACAAUGGUGAUUUCUUCGAUCUUUAUGGCGGUGAAAAGUUCGCCACAUUGCCGGAGCUGGUACAAUACUACAGUGAAAAUGGGGAGCUGAAGGAGAAAAAUGGCCAGGCCAUUGAGCUGAAGCAGGCGCUCAUUUGUGCCGAGCCCACGACGGAAAGAUGGUUUCACGGCAAUCUUUCUGGCAAAGAAGCUGAAAAAUUGAUAUUGGAGCGUGGCAAGAAUGGUUCAUUUCUCGUGCGUGAAUCUCAAAGUAAACCUGGUGAUUUCGUCCUAUCCGUGCGUACAGACGACAAAGUGACGCAUGUCAUGAUUAGAUGGCAGGAUAAAAAGUACGACGUUGGCGGUGGUGAAUCGUUUGCAACUCUCUCGGAACUGAUCGAGCACUACAAACGCCAUCCGAUGGUGGAGACUUGCGGCACAGUGGUGCAUUUGCGCCAACCAUUUAAUGCAACACGAAUAACUGCCGCUGGCAUCAAUGCACGAGUUGAACAGCUGGUAAAGGGCGGUUUCUGGGAGGAGUUCGAGUCGCUGCAACAGGACAGUCGAGACACAUUCUCGCGCCACGAAGGCUACAAGGAUGAGAAUCGUCUGAAGAAUCGCUACCGCAACAUAUUGCCCUACGAUCACACGCGCGUCAAGCUGCAGGAUGUGGAGCGCAGUGUACCGGGCGCCGAGUACAUAAACGCCAACUAUAUACGUUUACCCACCGAUGGCGAUCUCUAUAACAUGAGCAGCUCCUCGGAGAGCCUCAAUAGUACGGUAGCCGCGUGUCCGGCCUGCACCGCAGCCCAAACGCAACGCAAUUGCCCAAAUUGCCAUCUGCUGAACAAGACGUGUGUCAAGUGCGCGGUCAAAUCGGCCACGCUGCCCACGAACUGUGCCACCUGCAAUCGCAAAUCAGAUUCGCUGAGCAAGCACAAGCGCAGCGAAUCGAUGUCAGCCUCGGCGAAUGCGUCUGCAGCGGGCACUGGACCGGGAACGCCGACCGCCGCUGGGAACACAUCAGCAGCGGCGGCUCUCAAUGGCUGCCUGGCUGUGCUGUUGAAGAAGCACUGCGGAGACGCCUCGCCGCCUCCAUCGACAACGUCUUCGUGCAGCGGCCCCUUGACGGGCUCGCUGCUGAAUGGCGAGGGAAAUCAGUUCAAGACGUAUAUCGCGACCCAGGGCUGCUUGGCCAACACGAAGACGGACUUCUGGAACAUGAUCUGGCAGGAGAAUACGCGCGUCAUUGUCAUGACCACCAAGGAAAUCGAGCGGGGCAAAACCAAGUGCGAACGCUAUUGGCCCGAUGAGGGGCAAUGCAAGCAAUUCGGUCACGCCAAGGUGCACUGCAUCAAGGAGAACUCCACCAAUGAUUAUACGCUGCGCGAGUUUCUCUUCUCGUGGCGCGACAAGCCCGAGCGACGCAUCUACCACUAUCAUUUCCAAGUGUGGCCCGAUCACGGCGUGCCUGCUGAUCCCGGCUGUGUGCUCAACUUCCUGCAGGAUGUUAACACCAAACAGAGCAGUCUGGCCCAGGCCGGCGAAAAGCCGGGUCCCAUUUGUGUGCAUUGCUCAGCGGGCAUCGGACGCACAGGCACAUUUAUUGUGAUCGACAUGAUUCUGGAUCAGAUAGUGCGAAACGGCUUGGACACUGAAAUCGAUAUUCAACGCACAAUUCAAAUGGUGCGUUCGCAGAGGUCGGGCAUGGUGCAGACAGAGGCCCAGUACAAGUUCGUCUACUACGCGGUGCAGCAUUACAUUCAGACCCUGAUCGCGCGCAAACGAGCCGAGGAGCAGAGCCUCCAGGUUGGCCGCGAGUACACCAACAUCAAGUAUACCGGCGAAAUUGGCAAUGAUUCACAAAGAUCUCCACUACCACCAGCAAUUUCUAAUCUAAGUUUAGUAUCGUGUAAGUCAGCAGUUGCGGAACCGUUGACUGCGGCAGCAGCAGCAGCAGCAGUAGCAGCAAAUGCGGGCAAUAAGCAUGCCGCCAAGCUGCAGCCACCAUUGCCGCCACUGGGCGCCAGCAACAACAACAACAGCAGUGGCAACAGCGGCAGCUACUGCAACAGCAGCAGCAGCAGCAGCACAGCACAACACAAUGGUGUGGUCAGCAGCAGCAACAACUGCAGCAGCGGCAGCGGCAGCGCCAACAGCAGCAAUGCCAACGGCAAUGGCAACAUUCUCGGCAACGGCAGCAACAUGCGCAAGUCAAAUUUUUACAGCGAUUCGCUGGCACAGCAGCAGCAGCAGCAGCAGCAGUCCCAUCAUCUUUCAGCCAAAUACAAAAACAUUCCCAAAGACAUGAACAGUCUGAGGCAGCCGCACGCUGCCUAUGUUGCUGCUGCGCCAGCGCUGCCGCCGCCGCCGACGCCGCCGCGCAAGACAUGACAAAUGAAUUUCUAAAUAUGCGCGCUGUCAUAUUCGAUAUGCAGCUGCAUUUGACAUACACACAUACGCACGCACGCACGCACGCACGCACGCACGCACGCAUUCAGUCUUCUCCUUCUUCUCCUACUUCUUACCCAACCUGUUUCUGAAGAGCGCAAAUAACGAUUUCUAAACUCUUGAUUUUUUUUUUAUAUUAAAAACCCACACAUAUAUACCUAUAUUUUUAAAUGUCCCAAUUGUUUGUCCGUUGUUGUGUGUCCUAUUGUUCUUAAAUGCGUCUAUAUAUAUAUAUAUAUUUAAUUUAAUUUUAUUGUUUUUUUUUUUUUUGUGUGUUUAUGUCUCGCUUUAAUUUGUAAGUGCCCCCCUACCACCACCACUUCCCACCCCCCUCAGCCAUGUUUGUAUGUAGUUGUUAAAACAAAAACAAAAGCAAAAGCAAAAGAAAAUGAAAAUGAAAUUUGUAACUGGGCUGCAGCAGCACCAGACUAAAAGCUGAUCUAUAAAAUAUUCGAUAAUAUGAUCGAUGAUCCAUGAUCUAUAAUCAUGAUAUAAUACCGGCCACACGGAAGCCGGAGCAUAUUGUUUUAGUGUUGUAAGUGUUGAUAAACGAAAAGAAAAAGAAAAAAUUUAAAGAAAAAAAAAAGCGUUGAUUGUGAUUCAAAUAACGGCGUCAAACGGAACAGAAUGAGAACAGAGAACAGAGAACCGAAA